AUGUAUAAUUCUUCCAAUGUAUCAUCAAAUGAAAAUAAGCAAAUUAAAAGUCCCGUUAUAUACAAAAGCAGAGCAAGAAGUCUUAUUCAAAAAAAUGUUGAAAAUCGUUCCAACAUGAAUAUUAAUGAGCAUAAAAAUGGAACAAGUAUCAAGGAUAAAAUUAUAAGAUUAUUUUCAAGCCAACAUGAAAAAAAUGAGAAAGAUAUUCAACAAACCAAACUUAAAUCAAAUGAAAAUACUUGUAAAAAAGAAGAAAAUUAUAAUAGAAUAAAAAACAAUUCAGAUGAUUAUGACCAAACUAUAGAAUGGCAACCAGUUUAUCAUGAAACUUGUAAAAUAAAAUUACCUGUAGAAAAUUAUAAUAAUACAAAAAUAUCAUUGCCUGAAGAUGUUUUAGAUGAUUGGGUUAGUAAUCAGAAUAAAGUUUCUCAAAAAAUGAAUAUUCCCAAAACAUUAAAUAAUAAAUAUGAGAAUAAUAACAGUGUUGAUAAACAAAUGGAUUUAAAUUGUGAUUUUAUUUUUAAUAAAAAUAUAGAAAACAAAUUAUGCACACAAGAUAAUAAUGAACCAUGUUCGAAAUUUAAAUCUUAUUAUAAUUAUUACUUAGUAGAUGAGUACUUAGAAAGUUUGGCAAAAUCACAAAAUAAAAAUUUAGAAGCAACAGGAUUAGAUGAAAAUGGACAAUUAUAUGAUAAUGUAAGUUUACAUAUAAAACCUAUAAUCACAUCAAAGCAACGAUUAGAAAAUGGCGUCCCAUAUGACCCACAAAAUCUAUUGAAUUAA